AUGCCUGAUAUUCCAGUCGAUGCCCAAUGGGAACAGAAUGGAGUCACCAUUGCUGGAAACCAUGGGUGGGGCGGUACCAUCAAUCAAUUACGGUUUCCCAAGGGUCUUUUCUUUGAUAAUACUCGAACAUUGGUCAUUGCUGACUCCUACAACAAUCGUAUCAUUCAAUGGAGCAUGAAUAAUAUGAAGCUAGAAGUGGUAGCUGGUGGCAAUGGCGCAGGAAGUGGAUUGAAUCAAUUGAAUGAGCCGACUGAUGUGUUGAUUGACAAAACAACGAAUAGUCUCAUUAUCAAUGAUCUGGGUAAUAAAAGAGUUGUACGAUGGUCUCGCCGUAGUGGUACAAUACAAGGAGAAAUUCUUCUUGACAAUAUAGAUGGUCAUGGAUUGGCCAUGGAUGAACAGGGAUGUCUCUACGUCUCUAAUCAUGCAAAACAUGAAGUAAGACGAUAUCGAAUAGGAGACAAGAAUGGAAAUGUUGUGGCUGGUGGCAAUGGUCAAGGUGAUAAAUUCAAUCAACUCAACCAUCCAAACUAUAUCUUUGUUGAUCCACAACAGACUAUCUUCGUGUCAGACAACUACAAUCAUCGUGUGAUGAAAUGGAAUAAAAACGCAACAGAAGGAAUCAUCGUCGCUGGAGGUAAUGGUCAAGGAAAUAAUAUGACACAGUUAAAUUAUCCCGACCAACUUAUCGUUGAUAUAUCGGGAACUCUUUAUGUGGCGGACUCGCAGAAUAAUCGAGUGAUUCGUUGGACUAAACAAGCCACAUAUGGCACUGUUAUCGUGGGUGGAAAUGGACGCGGAGGAGAAGCAAAUCAGCUCAAGUGGCCCAGAGGUUUAUCUUUCGAUCGUGAUAACAAUCUCUGUGUUUCCGAUACUCACAAUAAUCGUGUUCAAAAAUUCGAUUUCAAAAACACUCAAAAAUGA